AAAGGGUAAAGCAAUGACAACGGCAGCAAUGUCAACCACGAACCCUAGAAAUUUGGGGGAAACUGUCAUCCCACGACCGCCGUGCGACGCGUUAGCGGGCUAGCGGCGCUGCUGGGUCUUUGGCGGUCACUCCGUCGUGUACGAUAAACUGAACUGCUCAAAUUUCAACACAAGUACACAACUCGCGCAAGCAAACCGACGUCAGUUACCGAAGCAGAGUCUGCGAUGGAGCUACUGGCCGCCGGACCUCCGGUCCCCGUGUACGAAGCACUAGCGGUUCUUCCCCUUUCUUCUUCCGCCCCAACAUCGCCAUCAGCCGCCACCACCGCCGAAGGCCACGUGCUGCCUCAAUCUCCCGAGCCUUAUACAGUUCUGCGCAAUGAAGUUGCCCCCGACGAAGUUCCUUCUGCCAGCGUGGUGAAGCUGGAGGCUCCCGAUUUCUUCUCUCUUGAUGUUUGCGACGAUGAAGUCGAGGAGGCAGAGUUCAGUACGCCGAGUGGGGAAGCUGAGUUCAUCGGACCUAUGGUGACUGGAACGGCUGAGCCGCUGGUUGAGUCGGAGCCCAGGCUGGAGAGUGGAUGGUUUAGAGGGAAUGGCAGGUUUAAGAGCCCCUUGCUGCAGCUGCAUAAAGAGAUAGUGGAUUUCUGUGAUUUCUUGUCUCCUACUCUUGAAGAACAAGCUUCACGUAGAGCAGCAGUGGAAAGUGUUUGUGAUGUUAUAAAAUAUAUAUGGCCUCGUUCCAAGGUGGAAGUUUUUGGGUCUUUCAGGACUGGUCUUUAUCUCCCGACAAGCGAUGUUGAUGUUGUGAUUCUGAACUCGCAUGUUGUGAGCCCGCAAACUGGUUUACAAGCUCUUUCCAGAGCUUUGUCUCAAAGAGGAAUUGCAAAGAAGAUUCUGGUCAUUGCAAAGGCUCGUGUGCCGAUCAUUAAGUUUGUAGAAAAAAGAAGUGGCAUCUCAUUUGACAUAAGUUUUGAUGUGGAGAAUGGUCCAAAAGCUGCUGAUUUUAUUCAGGAUGCAGUAGCACGGUGGCCUUCUUUACGACCAUUGUGUCUAAUUUUGAAAGUGUUCUUACAACAGAGAGAACUCAAUGAGGUGUACACUGGUGGGGUAGGUUCUUAUGCGCUACUUACCAUGCUGUUGGCUGUGUUAAAGAAUCUGAGUUUGGAUCGUUUGUCUCCAGAACAUAAUUUGGGAGUUCUCUUGAUACACUUCUUUGAUCUAUAUGGCCGCAAAUUGUGCACCAGCGAUGUUGGUGUUUCUUGCAAUGGAUUCUUUUCUAAGCGCGCUAAGGGGUUUAUGAAUAAUGGAAGGCCAUUUCUUAUUUCCAUAGAGGAUCCACAGGCACCUGAGAAUGACAUUGGCAAGAGUUCCUUCAACUAUUUCCAGGUUAGAUCAGCAUUUGCCAUGGCCCAUUCAACUCUGACAAAUCCAAAGACAAUCCUCGGCUUGGCCCCAAACAGGAGCAUUCUGGGCACCAUCAUUAGACCAGAUCCAGUGCUGCUGCAACGCAAAGGAGGGCAGAACGGGGACGUGACCUUCAACAGCUUGUUACCUGGAGCCGGGGAGCCAUUGCAAUCGCGAUACGACCACCAGGAGAUCAUGUGCAAUUGGCAGUUGGACGACGAGGAAGCAUUGCCUCGUGGGAAUGGUGGGGUUGCGGAGGAUCUGUCGUCUUCUGGAAAGAAGAGGAAGUUGGCUUCUUGCAGUGACGGCAGGAAGUUGAGCAAGAAGAGAUCAAAACAAGAGAAUGGUGGCAGUGACGUUAAGAGGCUUAAGGACAGAUCACCGGGCAAGAAGAGCUGGACGGAAGAGAAGGGAUCAGCAAAGAAGAAAGCACGCUGGAGACGUUCCAGGAGCGGCUCGUCAAAUGGUCACACUCCUGGUUCUUCUUGAUGCAGUUUUCCUAUUGCUAAUCGACUCGGUUCAGCCUCACUGGUGUGCCGUAACCUGCAACAUGAUGUGGAAGUGCGGGGCUUGCAUUGUGCGUGCUGCUCUUUCAUGGUUAGUGUCUAAUUUGGUUUUCUAGGUGACAGGAAACCAAGCUUUACUAGCAUAGGUUGUAUGUUUCAAAAGUUUUCUGAUUAUGGUUUCAGUAAUUUAAAUAAAAUAUGGCCAAAGCAAAACUAGAAGAGGAAAAGAAAAGAAUGCGUAAAUCAGAUAGAAUUGGCCUGGUUGGCUCUGCUUUUUCUUCCAUGAUAUCAGCAAAUCUAAACCUUCAGGAGUCCAUUAUUUCCCCGUAGGGAUGACGAU